AUGCCACCGACGGAAGGACCAAAGCGCCGCAACUGGACGGCCGACGACGACCUUAUCCUGCUUCGGCAGGUGGGCCUCGCGCCCCCGUUCCUCGCCGAUGAAAUCAUGCCGGGUUGGGGCGCGAUCGCUACGGCCCUCGACGAGUGUGAAGACUUCGAUCGCGUCAUCGAUGGCAAGGAGCUGCAAAGCCGUUUCAACCUCCUUAUCGAGAAGCACCGUAAUCUGCUGACGAUCUUGCCGACGGGCGUGAGCAUGAUCUUCUGGUGCAUUUUGAAUGCGAUCGCGGCCGAUAGCGUCUUUAUGCGAGCGCAAGACGCUUCGCACAUCAAACCGAAAGGAGAGUAUAGCAUCUACAUCACGCAUCUCGCGAAGAGCGAAGCGGACGUCAGCCAUGAAGGCUAG